UACAAGGGGGCCAAAAACAACGCUCCGUGCCAAUGUUAUUAAUAGUCCGACCAAUCUGCGUGAACGCUUUGUCUCUAUAAUCCUGUUCGAGCGCGCACUUGAUGGGCGAGCGAAAAAUUCUGCUCAGAAAAGUGGUGGCACUUGAUCGAGCCAGGUUGUGCAGGCCGUGAUAUAAUACGAUGAGUGCGGAACUGUACAAGGUGCUGGAAUGUCCGGAGAUGGGCCGGUACGGAGUGGCGUCCCGUGACCUGCGAGCUGGAGAAAUUGCCUACGAGGAUACGCCGUUUGCGAUCGGACCGAGCGUUGGGAGUGCGCCGUUGUGCUUGGAGUGUGCCUGCCCGGUAGAUGGCUGUGCCGGCGGAGCUCGAUGUCCCCGGUGUGGAUGGCCACUGUGCGAAGAGUGUGGAGCUGAGAGUGAAGCAAGUGUGUACCACAAGGCAGAGUGCGAGUUGUUUGCGAAGCACGGAGUCAAGUUUCAAAAUGUGGAAGAUUCUUCCGAAGCGUGUGUACAGUUGGAUUGCAUAACUCCGUUGAGGGUGUUGCUCGCGAAGGAAGCCAACCCAGACCGGUGGAAUGCGGAAAUCGUCAUGAUGGAAGAUCAUCGGGCAGAGCGAGACGGAAAUGCCUUCUGGAAGGCGGAUCAGAGCAACGUGGUAGCAUUUCUGCGGGAUAGUUGUGGACUGAAGGAUCGCUGCUCCGAGGAACUCAUCCAGAAGGCGAUUGGAAUUUUGGACGUGAACGCAUUCGAGGCGCACACUUGUUCUCUGCGUGGUCUCUACCCCAAAAUGGGUAUCAUGGCGCAUUCGUGCGUUACCAACGUGGCUCACACGGUGCAUCCGAGUAAAGGUUACAGGCUCAUUGCGAGGGCAGCGGUCGAUAUUGAGGAGGGUGCAAUGUUGUGCACAACCUACACGCAUUUGUUGGCCGGCACCAGAACCAGGCAGGCGGAACUCCAAAGAACAAAGUAUUUCACCUGCCAGUGCAAGCGAUGCCUGGAUCCGACAGAGCUUGGGACGCACUUUAGCUCGAUGAAGUGCCAAAAGUGUGACAACGGACUGGUCGAAUCGACUAAGCCAACAGACGAGGAAGCCGAAUGGAAAUGUACCCACUGCGAACACAAACUCAAAGGAGCCUUAAUAGCCAAAGCCAUUCAAGUUAUGCAGGCGGAAAUCGACGAACUAGCCUACAUGGAGUACGGCUCAGAACGCCUGGAAAGCUUCGAACGGGUGUUCAAGAAGUACCGUAGUUUGCUCCACCCCCUCCACUUCAUCAACACCUCAAUUCGACACAGCCUGAUCGAGCUGUACGGAAGAAUCCCAGGCUACAUGAUGCAGGAGCUGCCCGACAUCCUGCUCGAAAGAAAGAUCGAGCUGUGCAAAGACAUCCUUCGUGUGAUCGACGUGUUCGAACCGGGAAAAUCACGAUCGCGUGCGAUGUUGCUGUACGAACUGCACGCGCCAAUCGUGGUGCUGGCGCAGUCCGAGUUUAGCCAGGGCAGUUUGGGGGGCGAACCGCUGAAAAAACGGCUGCAAGAAGCCGUCCGGCUAUUGGAGGAAUGUACGGAGAUGCUAGAGUGGGAAGAUCCUACAACGCCAGAGGGGACGUUGGCGGAUGUGGCGAAACAGUCGCUGGUUCAGUUGAAACGAACGGUUCAAGUGCUGCCUUGAGCUGACAGACUGUGCGAACCUAUGCUGAUUAGGGUGCCCAGAAUAUGGGACUUUUUUUCAAAACCUCGCUCCACAAGCUGAAUAUUGUUAGGACUCUGGGCCAAAUAUGAGCAAAAUCGGUCAUCAUUUACCCAUUGAUACUCGAAGGUGAAGUUUGUAUGGGAAAAAUCGAAAAAAUGUAUGGAAAACCCAAGUUUCUUACGGUUUGGUCUGCACGGUGCGCUACUUCCACCCAAAUAUUCCCAAAAGUGAGAUUCUUAUUGAAAAUUUAAUGCUCUGCAACUUUGUAGAAUAUACCAAAACUGUAAAACUCGAUCCUGAAAAGUUAUUAACGAUUUAAAAAAGUCAUUUUAGUAUGAAAAACAUUUUUUUCGCAAACUUUAGGCUCGGGUAUCAAUGGGUUAAUCCAAAGGGCAAUUCACUUCUGAUAUUGCACCAAUAUGAAGCCAAUAUUGGAGUCGAUACGGUAUGCAGCCAAGGAAUACUGCGCGAGUAUUAUGCGUGUAUGAUAUUCACGCUGAUAUUUGGGUAGAUAUGACCUCAAAUACGACGAAUAUGGGGUCUAUAUCGUCAAUACGGUAUGCAGACAAUGAGAAUAUUAUGAACGUAUGAUACGCGUAUGCAGUAUACUCGAAGUGAUUAGCCCCUAGGGUUAAUCUCAUGCAAUUUCGCUCAAAAUUUACACAGAUGCUUAAAAUAACCCAAAAAACCGUUUUCCGCUUGUGGAGCAGGGGGUCAUUUUUUCUGGGCACCAUAAUGCUGAUGUACGGAAAUUUCUUGAACUAUCUCAGCAGCUGGAGUGAAAAUAUUUCUUGAGUUCUCUUGUAUUGAUUUGCGUUGACAGCUUUAAGGUUCGAAAAGUGAUCGAUGCGUACGAGCUUUUUACUCAUGUAUAUUUUAUAGAAAGAAUUAAAAUAAGGAUUGUAUUUUACUGUGAAAUUAUGCUUUUGUUGAAAAUAAAAAAGUGGUUGAAAAAAUUAUGAAUAAAAAAAAUCCUUCCCGAUGAAAAAUG